CAGUUCAUAGCGGGAAAGCGCGAAUUGUUUGAUCACCAAUCGGAGUCAAUUAUCGCAGGCCAAAAAGCGAUUCCCAAAUCGAAAUAUGAAGUUAACGCUUUUGUUUUUCUUCACGCUCGUCGCAAGUGUCGUCACAAUGAACGAAGAUUUUGACGAAGAUUUUGUGGAAUUUUUAGCUAGUGUUAUAAACAUGACGAAGGAGGAAACCCAGAUAUGCGUCAACAAGUCAAGCGUAACAAUCGAGGAUAUGAUGCACUUUGACCAAGUUUUGACAGACGAUUUACGUACCAUAGAUUUCGACGACAAAUUAUUAAAAAUCGGCUGCCUUGUCGCUUGCAUAUGUCAGAAGAAAGAAAUGAUGACGGGUGCGCAUGUAAACAUAAACAAGUUAAAAGAGAUGAUUCGCCCAGAUUCCAAAGAAUUUGCAUCUGACAAACUCGUCCGAGACUACCAAGUGUUGGACAAAUGCGCCGAUUAUGUUAAAAACAUGACCGAUGAGUGCGAAGUGAGCUUGAAAUUCUUCAUGUGUGGCCACAUCGAAAUGAAAAACAGAAAUAAUAAUAAUGAAUAAAGUAUCAAUAAAAUAUAGAAAUAAGAAGCGAUAUUCUUAUUUGUUCGGAACUUUUAACCAUAACAUAUAGACCAUUAAUCUCUCAAAUUCAUACAAAGCUUUAGUUAAAUAAAAACAAAAUAGUUGUAGAGCGUCAA